AGCAGCAGCAGCAGCAGCAGCAGCAGCAGCAGCAGCUUCUGCUGCUGCGGGUUUUUCCUUUGCAUCUGGCCGACAGGUGCAAAUCAGCCCGCAGGCUCUAGCAAAGGCCCGCAGUUUGCUGCAGCAGCAAGACACAGAUAGCAACAGCAGCAGCAGCAGCAGCGACAACAACCAAGGAGAAGCAGCAGCAGCAGCAGCAGCAGCAGCAGCUUCUGCUGCUGCGGGCUUUUCCUUUGCAUCUGGGCGACAGGUGCAAAUCAACCCGCAGGCUCUAGCGAAGGCCCGCAGUUUGCUGCAGCAGCAAGACACAGACGCAGAUAGCAGCAGCAACAGGACUAGCUGCAGCAGCAGCAGCACCGGCAGCCAAGAAGCAAAGUCAGCAGCAGCAGCAGCAGCAGCAGGAAACGGGGAGGCAGCGCUUUUAUCAGUGCCGGCUUCGUCCCCAGUCCCUUCGGCGUCCACCGUAGUGAGCGAGCCAGCAACAGCAGCAGCAGCAGCAGCAGCAGCAGCAGCAGCAGCAGCAGCAGCAGCAGCAGGCACUCCCUCGCUGCACCGGGGGUCCCUAGGCCUGCGCAGGCCCGCCAUAGCCGGCGGGCUGCUGCCGCAGCAAAAGCGGCAGCGGGUUCCAACUAGGGGUGGCUUUAAGCCCCCUAAGAGAAUUGCCCCAGCAGCAGCAGCAGCAGCAACAGCAGCAGCAACAGCAGCAGCGCCAGAAACGGCAACGGGAGGUGCUGCUGCAGGCUUCGCACUGUCAGCAGCAGCAGCAGCAGCACCAGCAGCAGCAGUGCAGCCGUCUGCGUCUGCUGCAGCAGCAAGCAGCAAGCCUCGGUGUCUUGUGAGCCGCCGUCGGCUGCUAGAGCUCUGGUGCCGCUACAGCUACCCGCUGACCCACCUGCCUGCUGCUGCUGCUGCUGCUGCUGCUGCUGCUGCUGCUGCUGCUGCAGCGAGAAGCGAGGUGCUGCACCGCGGAGGCUGGACAGCAGCCGUGGCAGGCGGGGGCCCCUCCAGCGACCCUUCCCGCUGCUGCUUCGGAGCAGCAGCAGCAUUUGUCUUUUGCUGGCCGGGGCCCCGCGGGCAGCUGCUGCUGGGGGGCCCCCCGCAGCUGUACCAAAUGUUUUGCUGCGCCUUGCGGGAGCAGCACGAGCUGCAGCAGCAGCAGCAGCAGCAGCAGCAGCAAGUGCUGCUGCAGCGCCACAGGCUGCCUGUGGGGGCCCUCAAAAGCCACAGAACUGCUCCAGCAGCAACAACCGCCACCAGCAGCAGCAGCAGCAGCAGCAGCAGCAGCAGCAGCAGCAGCAGCAGCAGCGCGAGCCUCUCGCGCUUCGACUGGCGCUGGUUUUGCCACCACUACCGCCUCCUCGCCUUCUUCUUGUGUCUCCGUUGGCGGCAGCAAUAUUUGCUGCAGUCUUUGCGGGGGCCCCCGCCCCCGCCCCCGAGUCCGCUGCUGCUGCUGCAGCAGCUGCUGCUGCGAGCAGCAAAAGAAGCAGAAGGCUGGCGCUCCUGUCUCCGCCGCAUUUGUGAAGGAGAUGCUGCAGCAGCACUUCCUCUUGCUCUCGGCGUUCUUGGCUGGCGGGGGCCCCUAAAAGGGUCUGUUCCGGGGGCCCCCGAGAGGGGGCCCCCCGGGGGGCCCCCCCCCUGGGGGGGCCCCCUGGGGGGCCCCCCGGGGGGCCCCCCGGGGGGCCCCCAGGAGGUGGUGGGCGUGGCUGAGGUGGCUCUUACUGAUGGCUUUUACUGGAUUGUUGGAAAAGUUCAAGACUGCUUCUUAGCUGCUGCUUUGUGUCGGUCUCUGGGGAGCAGCAGAGGCGCAGGCGUGAGGGGUCCGCAGCAGCAGCAGCAGCAGCAGCAGGAGCUGCUGCUGCUGCAGCAGGAGGACUGGGGCCCCCCGCCCAUGCGCAUGCUGCGGCUGCUGCUGCAGGGGGCCCAGAUGGGAGGCGCCGGCGAGGGCUACUGCCCCCUGGAGGCCCCCGAGCGAGGCUUCCUGCUGCUGUCGAGUUGCUGCUGCUGCUGCUGCUCCCCCAGACUGCCCAAGGGCCUCGGGCUGCUGCCAAUCCCCAGGUACUUCCCGCUGCCCCUCAGGGCCCUCAAGCCAGUGGGGGGCCCCCUGCCUCUGGUGGAGGUGGUGGUGCUGCGGGUGCUGCCGCCGCACUGCCGCCUCCAGCAGCAGCAGCAGCAGCAGCAGCAGCAGCAGCAGCAGCGGCCUGUGCUGCUGUCGCUGCACGAGGGGGACAGGUGGAAGCAAGCUCAGGAGCAGCUGCUGCUUGCUGCUCACCAAGGCCCGCUCGAGGCCCUUGCCGAGCAGCUGCAGCGCUGCCGGGAGGAAAGCGCCGCAGCAGCAGAGCGCAGACUGCAGCAGAAGCAGCAGCAGCAGCAGCAGCAGCAGCAGCAGGAAGACGAUGACGAGGACGACCCGUUGGAAGCCACAAGGGAACUGGAAAGGCAGCGCGAGAGGCUGCUAGAGAAACUUGCUGCCGAGCUUGCUGCAGUGCAGCAGCAGGUCACGCAGCAGACGCGGCUGCUGGUAGUGGACGCCUUGCUGCUGCAGCAAGCAGCAGCAGCAGCAGCAGCAGCAGAAUGCAAAGGCAGCCUUGGGCCUGACGAGAAUAGGCAGCCCAAUGGGUGUGGGGCCCCACUGAGGGACGAGGGGCCUCCCGAGGACCCCACAUUCUGCCCGUGGGUGGGGGACCCGCAGCAGCAGCAGCUGCUGCUGCUGCAGCAGCAGCAGCAGAGGCCCUUCCUGCAGCAACUCAGAUUGUCCCUCGCACUUGUGCAUUUGCCUUGGACAGAAGAAACCCAAGAAGUAGUUAGGGAAGGCCGGCGUCUGCGGCUGGUGGGCCUUCGAGUGGGGGCCCCCCCGCAGCAGCAGCAGCAGCAGCAGCAGCAGAGGGGCGCAGCAGGCGCUGCUGCUGCUGCUGCAGGCAGUGCGGGCAACGCAGCAGCAGCAGCAGCAACAGCAAGGACCCUCCUCGAGCUCGAGAGCAGACGCAGACACAGAGCAGCAGCAGGACAGUACGUCAGCCUCCCCCGUCUGUAUUCCACUGUUCGCGCUGUGUUUCCCCUCUUUGGUUCUAUCUCUUUCCUUUUUGCAAAUUCAGCAAUUCAAAGGCAGCAGCAGCAGUUAGUGCCCCCGCAGGCCCUGCCUUUGCUGCUGCGUCUGCCGGCGCUCUCUGGGGCUCAUCUUAGCUGCUGCGGGUUCGGGCCCCACUGCUUGGAGGGCCGCGUGGGCAGCACAGCAGCAGCAGCAGCAGCAGCAGCAGCAGCAGCAGCAGCAAAGGACGGCAGCAGUGCAGCAUGGAAUGCCCCCCUCUGGGGCCUCGAAGUGCCUGGGGGGCCCCUUGAGCAGCUGCCCAGGGGGGCCCCCGGGGCCCUAGGCCUCGCAGGGGGCCUCCCCUAUGACCUUGUUGGUUUGCUGCUGCACCUGCAGCUAAGCUGCGGGGUCCAGGGGCAGCAGCAGGGGCCCCGCGGGGCCCCGCAGGGGGGCCCCCCAGAGGCUGAGGGGGCCCUCUACUUAAUGACUGGGGGCCUCCAGAUUUGCUGCGUGCAGCUGCGGAGUGGGGGCCCCCCUGAGGGCAGCAGCAGCAGCGCUUCCCAAGUGCCCCGGUUCCUGGAGCCUGCCCGUGCUGCGCUGCAGCAGCAGCAGCAGCAGCAGCAGCAGCAGCAGCAGCAGCAGCAGCAGCAGCAACGGUUUGCCUGCGCGUGCAUCGAGGGAGUCGAGUUUGAGAGGUAUGAUGUUGCUGCUAACUUCUGGGUCUUCAGGGGAGUGACUCCGCUGCUGCAGCUGGCAGUUGGUGCUGCUGCUGCUGCAGUUAAGCAGCCGCUGCUGUCGCAGGAAGCAAAGGCGCUGCAGGCCGCCGUUGCUGCUGCUGCAGGUGCAGCAGCCACGGCAGCAGCUGCAGCGAGCGCCGCAGGCGGCGCUGCUGCCAGUUCAGCAGCAGCGGCUCCGCCAGCUGCUGCUGCUGCUGCUGCUGCUGCACUUGUUGCUGCAGCUGCUGCUGCAAGGCACCGCGUACUGCAGGUGACCCUAGCAGCUCGGGGCUUCUGA